ACGCCUUUAAAGCUAUCCCCACACACAUUCUCGUCGAUCACUCUUCUUCCUCCUCCGCACACGCGCACAUGCGACCAGAGCUUAGCUCAGCUUAGCUUAUAGCAGUAUAGCUUAUUGCUUAUACUGUCUCCCCCUCGGCUUCGUCGCUCGGAGGUGUGCACACACACAAACCGAAGCCCUUGCCCUCCCAUCCCCCUCCAAACGCGCGCAACCAUGGAGAGUGGCGGCAUCAUUGCGCCGUGUACUCCCCAAUGAUUGAUCUCUCAUCGUCUCUUCUUCCAACCACCUCCUCGUCCUCGCACUCGCACUCGCACUCGCCCUUCUCUCUUCCCUGCCCGGCUGCCCGCUUGUCUCCCCAAAAUGACCAGCAACAGCAGCCAGAACAUGAGCAGCUGCAGCACCGGCGGAAGCGACGCGGCGGUCGGCGGCGGCAGCUGGCUCGGCUUCUCGCUGUCGCCUCACAUGGCGGCGACCAUGGACGGCGCGGCCGACGGCGUUCCGGUGCAGCACCACCACCACGAAGGCCUCUUCUACCCUCCCGUCGUCAGCUCCUCGCCCGCGCCCUUCUGCUACGCUCUCGGCGGCGGCCAAGAUGGCCUCGCCACGGCGGCCGCCAAUGGUGGCGGGGGGUUCUACCCCGGGCUCUCCUCUAUGCCGCUCAAGUCCGACGGCUCCCUAUGCAUCCUGGAGGCCCUCCACAGGAGCGAGCAAGAACGGCACGGGGUGGUGGUGUCGUCGUCGUCGCCCAAACUGGAGGAUUUCUUGGGCGCGAGCGCGAGCACGGCGAUGGCGCUGAGCUUGGACAGCUCCAGCUUCUACUACGGCUGCGGCCACGGCCACGGCCACGACCAAGGCGGGUACCUGCAGCCAAUGCAGUGCGCGGUGAUGCCCGGCUCGGGCGGGCACGACGUGUACGGCGGCGGGCACGCGCAGAUGGUGGACGAGCAGUCCGCCGCGGCAAUGGCGGCGAGCUGGUUCUCCGCCCGCGGCAAUGGCGGCUACGACGUCGACGGCGCCGGCGCCGGCGCCAUCGUGCCGUUGCAGGGCCACCCGCACCCGCUCGCCCUCUCCAUGAGCUCCGGGACGGGGUCCCAGUCCAGCAGCGUCACCAUGCAAGUCGGCAGCGCCCACGCCGACGCCGUCACCGAGUACAUCGCCAUGGACGGGAGCAAGAAGCGCGGCGCCGGCAACGGCGCUAGUGCCGGGCAGAAGCAGCCCACCAUCCACCGCAAGACCAUCGACACAUUCGGGCAGCGCACGUCGCAGUACCGCGGCGUCACCAGGCAUAGGUGGACGGGGAGGUAUGAGGCGCACCUCUGGGACAACAGCUGCAGGAAGGAAGGGCAGACCCGGAAAGGCCGGCAAGUUUAUCUCGGCGGGUAUGACGUGGAGGAGAAGGCCGCGAGGGCAUAUGACCUGGCGGCGCUCAAGUACUGGGGGACGUCCACGCACGUGAAUUUCCCGGUGGAGGACUACAGGGAAGAGCUGGAGGAGAUGAAGAACAUGACCAGACAGGAGUACGUCGCUCACCUGAGAAGGAAAAGCAGCGGCUUCUCGCGCGGCGCUUCGAUCUACCGGGGAGUCACCAGGCAUCACCAGCACGGGCGGUGGCAGGCGCGCAUCGGCCGCGUCUCGGGCAACAAGGACCUCUACCUCGGAACGUUCAGCACCCAGGAGGAGGCGGCGGAGGCGUACGACGUGGCCGCGAUCAAGUUCCGCGGCCUCAGCGCGGUCACCAACUUCGACAUCACGCGGUACGACGUGGACAAGAUCAUGGAGAGCAGCACGCUGCUCCCGGGCGAGCAGGUCCGGCGCAGGAAGGAAGGCGCCGACGCCGCGGUCUCGGAGGCCGCCGCCGCGCUGGUGCAGGCCGGCAACUGCAUGACGGACACCUGGAAGAUCCAGGCGGCGCUGCCGGCUGCCGCGCGGGCCGACGAGCGCGGCGCCGGCCAGCAGCAGCGUCAGGACUUGCUGUCGAGCGAGGCCUUCUCGCUGCUCCACGACAUCGUGUCCGUCGACGCCGCUGCUGGUACAGGGACAGGGGGCAUGUCGAACGCGUCCUCGUCGCUGGCCCCCAGCGUGAGCAACUCCCGGGAGCAGAGCCCGGACCGGGGCGGCGCCAGCCUCGCCAUGCUCUUCGCCAAGCCCGCCGCGGCGCCCAAGCUGGCUUGCCCGCUGCCGCUGGGGUCCUGGGUGUCGCCGUCCGCGGUGUCCGCCAGGCCGCCCGGCGUGUCAAUCGCGCACCUGCCGGUGUUCGCCGCGUGGACCGACGCAUGAACAAACAUCCGUGUCAUUACCAGGGUACGGUUCUUUUGGUUUGCUUAGAGCGUGCUUUUUAGCUGGGUAAGGUUAGCUGCGUAGCGGUGGUCUGAUCAGCAUAUGUGAGAGGAACUAGCCAUGCGUGUCUGCUUUGGCCUCCUGCGAUUCCUCCUCCAGUUGCGUUGCGAGGAGGUUUCUUUUUGUAAUACCGGGGCUAGAUAGCACAGCAUGGAUCUCCUCCUGUAGCCAACACUAAUUUGGAGUAGGAUGGUUAGUGUUGAUCUCCUAACUUCAAUUAGGAAAAAUAUGCCAAGUAAGAUAAGUUUAAACCUGUGCGCUUUGCAAUUCA